CAAGACGACGACGAAGAAGAAAUGUCGCGUCAUUCGUCGAGGCGCCAGGUUUUCAAAACACUGUAUUCUCACUUCAUUCUGUUUACAUGACUUUAUCGUUACGUUUUGUAUUUAGCGGCCUGACUUGCUCUCUCCACAAUGUCUGAAGAGUUGGGCUAUUCCCCCAGCUUCAAACGACCGUCGGACAUUAUGCGAAUGCGACGGAAAAGAGCCCGCAGCGAAGCAUUUUCCUCGAGCCCAAGUAGUGACACGGGCGGUACUGAGCAAAGUGCCUCUUCCCCGUCGUCGUCGUGUGUCCGACCCUUCACGCCCGGGCCGCUUUUCUUCAACAACCACACACGCUCCGGUGGUGGGAUGAAACGCAGGAACCCGUUCGCAAACAUUGACAGCAGACACAGCCCAAGGAAGAAACGUAACCUCGGCGGAAAAGGCGACGAUGAAGCCGGCGCAGACUUGACAACAAAAAGGGACGACUUGGCUUUCUCCGAACUGUUGAGCAAAGUAGAAGAUAACCGACGACAAGAAAACGAUAAACAGAAAGGUGUUUCUCUCUCUGAAGAUGACUCUCUCUUCGAGGAAAGUGAGGAAGAUGUUAAAUCACCGCUGCUGAAGAGCCCACAGGCCAUUUCCCCUCUCUCCAUAGCAGCCCCUCUGUGCACAGAGUAUCCAGCCGACUGGAGCUUGAAGACCCGUCUCCUUUUUACUUCCUCACUGUCGCUGUCUUGGUCUGAGCAGCCCAAAGCUCAAGAGGAAGCCUCUGGGCUCAGCCAGCACUGCCGAGCACAGUUUAGCUCAUGGCCGCACAAUCUACAGGAUUCUAAGUCGUGCACGGAGCUUCGCUGUGCCUUCCAGCAGAGUCUGAUCUAUUGGCAGCAUCCCACCCUGUCUUGGGUGCCACUAUUCCCCAGGAUCAAGGCUGAGCGCAGAUUUACUGGAAAGAGCGCCCCCUGGGCACAUGACACAGAACUGCAGCGGUGUCUCAUGAGUGAAUGGUCAGCCAGUCUGUCAUCACUCUACAGUCUACUAAAGGCCAGACUCUGUCCUUACUUCUAUGUCUGCUCCUAUCAGUUCACAGUGUUGUUUCGGGCCGCCGGACUUGGAGGCUCAGGCAGCAUGAAUGCCCUAAUUUCCCCUACGACCAGAGGCCUCCGGGAGGCCAUGAAAUCUGAAGGUAUCGAGUUCAGUCUGCCUCUAGUGGAGGAAAGGACGAUGAGCAGAGAGGCACCGAAUCUUUGCGACGAGGAAUGUCAGCAAAAAGAUAGCUGUGAGCACAAAGACGAAUUCUGCUCAGAUGGCCCUGAAGCUGACGACGACGAUGAGGAUGGAGAAGGCAGCCUCUCGUGGCUGAAGGAGAUGGGAGUCCAGGACAAGAUCAAGAAGCCAGACCGCAUCAGCGUCCAACUUUGCAAGGAGGGCCGAGCGGUGAGCGUGGAUCGCAGGCCGGAGUCGGUGGUGUGUGUGGAGGGGCCGCACACAUUCACGCUCAUCAACUUCCUCAUCAACUGCAAGAGCGUGGUAGCAGCGGCUGGGUCUCAGGCCGGGCUACCACCGACAAUUCUGGCCCCCAUUGCUUUUAGAGGCGCUGCAAUGCAUUCGCUAAAGGCCCGCUGUGUGAAUGUCAAGAGCCAGGUUGGUUCUUCCUACCAGAACACUAGCAGUAUGGAGGUAACAGGUCCAAUUCUGCCAUCUUCUCUGCACGCCAUCACAACCCUGCUACGGCCAGCCCAGAAAGGAAACUUCUCGGCCACUCUUUACACACAUGCACCCACAGCCAUCUUGAACAUUCACGGAUAGUGCGCAAAUGGGUCAGAGGACCUCUCUGCAUUUGGUCUCCAUUCAGCCACCAUCCAGCAACUGCAGCAACCAUCUAGCCUGGGGAAGGCAGCGCUCACACAGAUCACCAUGAACAAGUACAGCUACACCUGGAAGACGUGAUUUGGUUUUGGUUGACUCAGCAUAGCCAAAUGGGGAACCAAUUGGCUGAAGCUUCACCUUUAGCUUCCUCCAGGUCAAUGAUCUUGAUGGCCACCACUUUCUGAGUCCGAUUGUCAAUGCCUUUGAAGACCUCGCCGAACGAACCCUUGCCAAUGCGCUCCAGCUUGGUGAAGAGCUCCUCUGGAUCCACUCUGACAUUCUGCUCAGGAUGGAUGAGUAUUGGUACAUGCAGAGCGGGGCAGUGUGUGGUGUGGGGAAAAACCGUGGCUUUAAAGACUAAUAACCUUCUUGA